UUUCCAACCUCCAUAAGUUGAUUAACUUGAUUUACACACUUGGCCGAAUUUUCAUUUUCUGUGGUUUCGAUUCUUCUGAGACGCCAAACACACGAUAUAGCUACAAUGAAUCCCGGACAACUUACUCUGCUGGGAUCCAGUUUCUGUGUGAUGCUAACUAUGCAUUUUACAGUACAACUACUCUGGGAACAUUCUUUCUACUGGAAGAAGCCAAAGGAGCAAAAAGCCAUAUUAAUUAUCAUUUUCAUGGCUCCCGUAUAUGCUAUUGUUUCCUUUGUUGGUUUGUUAGAUUUUCAGGGGAGCAAAGCAUUUUUUAUGCUCUUGGAGUCGAUCAAAGAAUGUUAUGAAGCUCUGGUUAUAGCUAAGUUCUUGGCUUUGAUGUAUAGUUACUUGAACAUAUCCAUUAGCAAAAAUAUAGUUCCUGAUGAAAUCAAAGGAAGACAAAUUCACCAUUCAUUCCCCAUGACUCUCUUCCAGCCUCACACUGUCCAUUUGAACCAUCAUACAUUGAAGCUUCUCAAGUACUGGACAUGGCAGUUUGUUAUAGUCCGCCCUGUGUGCUCCAUCUUGAUGAUAACUCUUCAAGUUCUUAGGACAUACCCCAGUUGGGUCAGCUGGACAUUCACCAUCAUCCUAAACAUUUCAGUUUCGGUGGCUUUAUAUUCUCUUGUGCUGUUUUACCAUGUCUUUGCCAAAGAGUUGAAACCACACAAACCUCUUGCCAAGUUCUUGUGUGUUAAAGGAAUUGUAUUCUUCUGUUUUUGGCAGGGAGUCUUGCUCGAUAUUCUUAUGGCAAUGGGCAUGAUCAAAUCUCAUCAUUUCUGGCUAGAAGUAGAGCAAAUUGAAGAAGCCCUACAGAACGUGAUGGUGUGUGUGGAGAUGGUUUUCUUUUCCAUUUUCCAGCAGUAUGCAUUCAAUGUAGCACCAUACAGAGAUGAUACAACAUCAACCAUGAAAUCAGACAAGAAAAAAGAUUGAUUUAGAAACCAAAUAUGGAGAUCCUUCUACUGUUGGAUUUGGGUAUCAAUCUUUACUUGUUGCAUUAUGUACAUUGGUCAUAUAUGGUCACUUAAUAGUCUGUAUUUAUAACUCAAAGGAAGCUGAAGGUAUCAAAUAAGAAAUAUGUACCCAUAAGGCAGCUGUUUUCAUGUAGGUAUCUUGGAACAAUUCCUUGCUCUGCCCAUGCUUUUGUUUCUUCCAUUUUGAAUGAAAUGCCUUCUUAUCAUUCAUUGUUAC